AGAAAAAAAAAAAAAUGAACUUUCAUCUAUAUAACCCCCGUCUCCCAAACCCUAGAGGCUGCCCGUCAGCUGCUUCCCUUGUACAGCGAGUCAGGUUCUCAAAAGGGUCCUGGAGAGGGUUUUCUUCCGAUUCGUCAACCAAUGGCUCCUGCUAAAGUUGACAGUUCCAAAAAGGGUGAUCCAAAGGCACAGGCCCUGAAGACUGCUAAAGCUGUGAAAACAGGUCCAACCUUUAAGAAGAAGGCUAAGAAGAUACGAACAUCAGUUACCUUUCACCGUCCAAAGACAUUGAAGAAGGAGAGGAAUCCUAAGUAUCCUCGAAUUAGUGCUCCACCAAGGAACAAGCUUGAUCAUUAUCAGAUUCUCAAAUAUCCCCUCACCACUGAAUCCGCAAUGAAGAAGAUUGAAGAUAACAACACUUUGGUUUUCAUUGUUGACAUCCGUGCUGACAAGAAGAAGAUCAAGGGUGCUGUCAAGAAGAUGUAUGAUAUUCAGGCUAAGAAAGUGAAUACUUUGAUCAGGCCUGAUGGUACCAAGAAGGCCUAUGUUAGAUUGACACCAGACUACGAUGCCUUGGAUGUGGCCAACAAAAUUGGUAUUAUCUGAGGUAGUGCCUGGCAUCCUCUUUUGUAGCUUUUUCUUUUGUUUUUUCAAUUUAAAGAGCAAGUUCUGUUGGCACUACAAACAGCGAAAUUUUGAGAACUAGUUUUAAGAUCUGUAAUCUUGUGUCAUUUAUUGUUUAUGUUUUGUCUUUUAUUAUUAACUGAUAAAUUAACAAGGUAGGGUUGAAGUUAUGGUUUAA